GAUAGGUGUUGGCCCAGCUGUCAAACACACACAAAUUUUUUUAUAGGAUAAAUUUUUUCUCUCGUUUAAGUUGAAAUCUCGGAAUAAAAAAUUGUGAUGAAUUCAUAUGAAAAAUAACCGGACAAAUCUAUCGAAAAAACACCAAAAAUUGUUUUAAAUUGUGAAAAAUAUUUUUUCUAUUUUCUCACACGGUGGUGCAAAUUGCAAUUUUGGUGUACCAAAGAAAAAUUUUUCUCGGUUUGGUUGGUGUAUGGUGGAAAUUUUUCUCUUGUGUAAAAACGAAACCUACGAACAUUUUAUAAAAUAUUCCCAAAGCGAAUCAAAUUCGCCAGCGUAAAAAAUCAUACAUUUAAAAUUUUGCACAAAUUAAUAUAAAAACGAAAUUCUAAUUUUUUCCCAAAACGAAAAAAAAAAAAAAUAUUAAAUUUGUUGGAAGUGAGCACAGAAGCGCAAAGAAAAAAUCCAAAGAGGUGGAGUGCGAGAAAGGGGAGCAUCAGAGCAUACACACUCAUCCAUAAAUUCUGUGAAGGAGUGAAAAAGAAGGCCGACGAACGGAGAAAUCCAGAGCAAGUGUAGCAGAGCAGUAGCCGUUGCCGUUGCCGUACUAUCAUAUCACCUGCACACCGGAUAGACAGAGUAAGCAUAAGCACAAAGAUCGAACGAACGAAGUAGGGAAAAUUUUUUCAAACAGGAACGAAAAGAAAUAAAAAAACAGGAAAGAUUUUUCCCCCUCUUGCUUUUCAGCAACAACAAAUUGUGUGUACUUUUUUAUAAAAAAGUAAAAAAUUAAUUUAACUAGAAAAUGAAUGAAUUAGACAGCCUGCGGCAAGAAGCUGAAUCACUAAAGAAUGCAAUUAGGGACGCCCGCAAAGCAGCCUGCGACACCAGCCUGGUGCAGGCCGCAAGCAAUUUGGAACCAAUCGGGCGUAUACAGAUGCGUACGCGCAGAACCCUACGCGGCCAUUUAGCAAAGAUUUACGCGAUGCACUGGGGCAAUGACUCCCGGAAUCUAGUAUCUGCCUCUCAAGAUGGUAAACUAAUCGUCUGGGACUCGCACACCACGAACAAAGUGCAUGCCAUACCGCUACGCUCCUCAUGGGUAAUGACAUGUGCAUAUGCGCCUUCCGGCAGCUACGUUGCCUGCGGCGGUCUCGAUAAUAUGUGUUCAAUCUACAAUCUAAAAACUAGAGAAGGUAAUGUGCGUGUAUCUCGCGAACUACCCGGACACGGUGGCUAUCUGUCAUGCUGUCGCUUCCUAGAUGACAAUCAAAUCGUUACCAGUUCCGGUGAUAUGUCCUGCGGUUUGUGGGACAUUGAGACUGGCCAGCAAGUGACCUCAUUCAUGGGUCACACUGGCGACGUAAUGGCUCUAUCACUUGCGCCACAAUGUAAAACAUUUGUGUCGGGUGCAUGCGAUGCCUCGGCUAAACUAUGGGAUAUCCGCGAGGGUGUUUGCAAGCAAACGUUUCCCGGCCACGAAAGUGAUAUUAAUGCCGUUACAUUCUUUCCAAAUGGUCAAGCAUUCGCCACCGGUUCCGACGAUGCUACAUGCCGACUUUUUGAUAUUCGUGCUGACCAGGAGCUAGCGAUGUACUCACAUGACAACAUCAUAUGCGGUAUCACAUCUGUUGCUUUCUCCAAAAGUGGCCGUCUUCUUCUCGCCGGCUAUGACGACUUUAAUUGUAAUGUCUGGGACACAAUGAAGGCCGAACGGUCUGGCAUUUUAGCUGGCCACGAUAAUCGGGUGUCAUGCUUGGGUGUUACUGAAAAUGGCAUGGCGGUUGCCACAGGAUCAUGGGAUUCAUUCUUACGUGUGUGGAAUUAAAAACAAAAACAUUCAAAAACACCACACACAAUUUUAAUUACACACACAAAAGAGUAAAUAAAUUAAAUAAUAUAUAUAUAUAUAAAUAUAUACAUAAAGUAAAUAUUAAAGCAACAACAACAACAAGAAUAAUUUAAAAAUAAAAAGCAUUUACAUAAAAAAUAAAUAACAAAAAAAUUACAAAAACCAUUAAAAAAAAAAACAAAAAACACAUUUAUAACAUUUUUCUUAUAAUAUUUAAGUCUAUAAUUUAUACAAAUUUUAUAUGGCCAUAUAAGCUAUGCAUAAAAAAUUAUCUUAAACUAAAAAAUAAAAAAAAACAGUGUGCAAAAAGGAUAACAAAAAAAUAAUUUAUAUAAAACUAGGUAAAAAAAAAACAAAACAAAAAACUGAUAAUGAGUACGUCUAAAGUAAAAAAUUAAAUAUUGAGCAAAUAAAAUAAAAAAAAACACAAUCCCAUUCUUUUUAUAUAAAUAUUAAAAAACAAAAUAGAAAACAAAGUAAUCUUUCAUUUUAGAAUUUCCAAGUAGAACAUACAUAUAAAUAUAUAAAAAAAAUAAAUAGUUUACCACUGAAAAUUAAUACUAAAACAAAACAAAAACAAAUUAUUUCGAAAAGAAUUGAAACAAUUGAAAAAAAAAAACAACACACAAAAGAAUUAUAUAAAAUAAUAUAUUUAUUUUCUUCCCUAUAUUUUUCCUAAAAGCAAAAAACACGCAUACAAAAACACACACAAAAGUAAAACAAAAAAGAUUUAAGUAAAAAAAAUACCUACUUCAACUUAAGAAUAAUAAUGAAUUUGUAAUAUGAGAUAUUAGCUUUAAACAAAAAAUAUAAUAAAUUUUAUGUUUAUUAAUUUAAAAAAAUAUAUAUACCAAAACGACAGCGAUUUUGCUUAUUUUAAAUUUUUAUGUUUAGUUUUUAUUUUUUAGUAUUUUUUUGCUUAGCUGUUGGUGAGACUAUAAAAUUGAACAUAGCGAAAAAUGUUGUAAUAUUUUGUAUUAUUUAAUAUUUGUUUAUAAUUUUAAAGAAACUACAAAAAAAAUAGAAUUCCACGCUCAUUUGUUAUUUUUUUUAGGCAUGUGCGCAUUAGGCAUGUGAGUUUUUUUUUAUCUUCUAUGGCUUAAAUAUGUUAUAUGACUUCGUUCUUGAAUCAUAUCUCACUAAAUUUUGCUAACUUUGUGCAUUGUUAUGCAUAUAUGGGGAUGCUUUAAACUCUUAAAUUAAAAAACAAUCUGAUAUGUGGUCAAUAUUUCAUAACCAUUGGUUAAAAAUUUCUCGUUGCUCAUUUUGAGCUUACCAGCGCCGCCCAAGACUGUAUGUCUCGAUUUAUGCUCAUAUCGUUUAAUAAAAGCUUUCCAUUAUAUUUAAAUAUGAUACAUCUCCCCUAAAAAUUCAAUCUUAAUACAACCAAGGUCCUAUCAAAGCACAAGUGAUGGGAGUAAUAGUCUUUUUGCAAUGCAUACAAAAGUAAUACAUAAAAUCGGCUCAUUUCUUGCCAUUUUUUCAUUCACAAAUAUCAACAAACAAAAAAAGCAACCGUGGCGGUUAGUGGUCUUGGGUUCAAUACCUGCCUCCCGAAAUAAUUCUUUUCAUGAAAAGUGCCUAAAACUGUAAGUCCCCUCUUUCCCUGGCAACAUUAAUCGCAAACAGGAAUGGUUGAGAGUUUUAAGUCACUAGGCCCUAGUUCUUCACGGACUGUGCCCCACCUAAUUCAUUUUUAAUAUAAACCAUAAAAAUUGUGAUCAAACAAACAUGUUGUUGCUUUGGACAGCAAUUUUAGUAAUCAUUUUUUUUAAGAUUAAGUUUAUACUUAGUCGAUUUAGAUCACCCUAUGGGGGAAUGGUUGAGAGUUGUAAGUCACUAGGUCCUGGUUCUUCAUGGACGUUGCGCCACCUAAUUUAUUUAUUUUUUUUUAUGGUGGACAAUUGUGAUUCAAUUUGCAAUGGCGAUUAUUUUAACCAAUAGAUAUCUAAUGAAACCCAAAAACCGCUAUGUACAUCGUAGUAGUAUUGUGUAUACUCAGGAGAAAUACGUUUUCAAACUACAAUGUUAAAUGCUCCACAAGUAUUUAGCUAUCAAGGGACAAGAGGGCACAUAAAGAAUUAAUUACCUUUCUUCUAUAGCUUAUUCUGAAUGUAGAAGAAAGAUUCGGCUAAACACUCAUAUCGAAUAUUGAUUGAAACAUUGAAAUAAACUAAAAAUGUUUAAAUUACAAUUAUUUGUAUUGAAUUUCAAAAGAACAAAUAUCAUUGUUAAUGAAUCACAUAUCAGCAUUUACUAACAACAUGAGUGUAUAAAUUAUUUAAAAACUAUACAUAAUAUGUAUGUAUAUCAUCAUUAAACAAAAUUUUACAAUCAACAAAAUGUGCUAAGUUUGUAAUGAAUUCCCAUUGACUCAUUGAUGAUAAAAGGAACAUUCCAAAAGAAAUAUUUUGUUUUUCUUUUUUUUUUGUUUCAUGAAAAAGUUUAGUAUGAUUGAGAAAUAUUAACAAAAAAAGGGUUGAAUUGCGUUCAAAAAUAAAAUUCUAUUGCUUGUUAAACUACUUUAUAAAAACCUGUUAAAAGAUUUUUGGUGAAAAGCAAGAAUAAUUUUGAAAUAAACAUUAAAUUGCUCUUCAUUGGAUACAUGAGUGGAAAUGGGUUUAAAAAGUUAGCAUUGUUUUAAUGUUAAGAUUAAUAAAAUCAUGUUGUUUUCAAUCAAAGUUUGCAGAUUUCACAGUUUAUCAAUCCCAAAACGACUUCAUGUGAAUGCAACUUAAUUUUCCACAAGCUAUAACUAUGUAUGUUAUGUUGCGGUUUUUCUUAUCCACCCUAAAAACAUGAGCUCACAAUUUUGUUCGGAUUCAGGUGCCCACAUUGACCAAACAUAUCACAAAAAUUGUAAAGCAAACAUUUAAGCCCCAAAGUAAUAAAACUUAGAAAAAGAAGAAAAUGACUCACGAGCUAUGCGUUCUUUUAGGUUGUCAUGCAUUUCAGUUUUUGUUGUUUUUAUUUCUUAACAUUAAUGCAUUUUUCUCUCAUUCCUUGCAAUUUUUGUUUGCCAUUUAUCAAUUCUCUACCUUCUUAUCUCUCUCAAACAAACAUAAAUAUUAACAAACACACAAAUGGACCACUCAAUUAUCUCUUUUAUUUUAUAAUUAACUUUUCCACAACUAUUGUUUUAUUUUAAAUUUCUAUUCUAUUUGUUUUAUUUUAAAUUUGUUUUUUUAAUUUGUUCUUUAUUUAUUUUUUAUUCGUACAAGUAAAAUAGAAUGAAAGAACUAUCUAAAUUAAAGCACAAAACAUUAUGUAAACUAAAUACGCAUAACAAAUGAAACCAAAACUUAUUAUAAAUAUAUAUUUAAAAAAUAAAACUACAUGCAUAUAAUAUUAAAAAAAAAAAAAAAAAAACAAUCAAAUGAAAGGAAUUUCUCAAUUUUAUUAUUUUUAUUUAAGUUUUAACUAUGUUUAUUAUAAUUAUUAUUAUUAUUAUACAUACUAUUAUUAUUGUAUUAAAAAAAUAUAUAGCACAAAACUCUAUAUACUAUUAUUUAAAGUAAAAUUAGUAUAAACUUUUAAAUUAAAUAAAGAAAAAUAUAAAAAUAAAAAUCAAAUAAACCGAUUCGAUGACACACAAAGCCACAAAAAACAUCUUUUUCAAUAAAAAAACAAAAAACAAAA